GAGCCAGACUUCUCAGAGGCUCCAUCUCCAUUCUGGGUUCUGAUGAUGCCACUACUUGUCACAUUGUGGUCCUGAGGCACACAGGUAAUGGGGCUACCUGCUUGACACAUUGUGACGGAACUGACACCAAAGCUGAGGUCCCCUUGAUCAUGAACUCCAUAAAAUCCUUUUCUGACCUCGCUCAGUGUGGAAGGCUGGAAGUGCACCUCGUGGGAGGCUUCAGUGAUGACAGGCAGUUGUCACAAAAACUUACUCAUCAACUUCUUAGUGAAUUUGACAGACAAGAAGAUGAUAUUCACUUAGUGACAUUAUGUGUGACAGAGUUAAAUGACCGGGAAGAAAAUGAAAACCACUUUCCAAUAAUUUAUGGCAUUGCUGUCAACAUUAAAACUGCAGAGAUUUACAGAGCCUCCUUUCAAGAUCGUGGUCCGGAGGAGGAGCUGCGUGCUGCGCGAGCUUUAGCAGGAGGCCCAAUGAUUAGCAUUUACGAUGCAAAGACAGAACAACUUCGUAUAGGACCGUAUUCCUGGAUGCCAUUUCCACAUGUGGAUUUCUGGUUGCAGCAAGAUGAUAAGCAAAUACUAGAGAACCUUUCCACUUCACCUCUGGCCGAGCCCCCCCACUUUGUUGAACAUAUUAGAUCUACCUUGAUGUUUUUAAAAAAAUACCCAACUCCAACUCACACACUGUUUCCUGGAAAUAAAGCUCUACUCUACAAAAAAAAUGAAGAUGGCUUAUGGGAAAAGAUCACUGCUCCAGGAAGCUAAAAUAGGAAUUACCAAAGAAAGUAACUUUUGGCAUGACAGAGACCACUAGUGGGGGUUGGAAAGAAUAUGAAUUUGGAAUCUACAUCCGUUGAGUCUUAGUGUUUUUCCUUACUCGGUGUCUAUGACUUUCAAAAUAAAGUCUUAUUUUGGCAAAGGCAUUUGUUUAGAUUUAGUUUUGUUUUACUAAGAAGUUGAUGUCCAGCUUUUUAUUUUUGGUCACUAAUAAGGGGCAGAGGAGAACCUGAGCUAUUUCAGAUACUUGGGUAAGUAUUUCGAAUCCUGCCUAAUUAGUGAAUAAAAUAAAAAUUGUAAUUGAGUUUGUUUGAAAAACAGUAUUUGAAAUGCAAUAAAAUUCAGUGGGAAUUUAUACACCUUA